UUUGACAUUUCUACAUAACCAAAAAAGGUGCAUGUACAAAAAGGGUUAAAGCAAAAUUUGCAAAAGUCGUCUGCUGGGCAAACUUUAACCAAAAAAUAAUAAUAAUAAAAUAAAAGAAUUGGAAUAUUUUAAAUUUUGUUGCAUUUGCAAAAGGAUAUCUGUUUAAUUCGAGUUGUGUGAUUUACAAAGAAUUGUGCAUUUGUUGAAACCGUCUGAGGUGGUUGUGAACCAGAGUAUAAACGUGUUGAAGUUACUGGUAGAAAAAUGGUUAAAAAUAAAAAGGGCAAGAAAGAGAUAGUUUCAGCUGGAGCUGAAGCAUCAUCUGGAGAAGAAAUCGAAACGGAAACUCAACAAACGGUCAUUGACUCCGACGACCAGGAAGAAAAAAAUGUUAAUGUUAAAAACAAAAAGAAUAAACAAAAGAAGGGCAAAAAGAAUAAGAAUGAUUCCGACGACGAAGAGGAAAUCGACCAGGUCGAAAGUGCAACUGCUGGGGUGGGAAAACUUAAAAUCAAGUCGAAAGCCAAAAAGUCAGCGUUUGAGCUAUUAAUGGAUGAUGAUGAUGACGAAGACAAUGCCCAAGAAAUUGCCCAGUCUGAAAGCGAGGGAGAAAGCAAUGAACCAGUGAAACCGGCCAAAGGCAAUGACAAAAAUGCUGGUAAAAAAGGAAAGAAAUCCAAACGUAAAGGUAAAGGAGAUGACGACGAUGAGGAUUUGGAUAAGGUUUUAGCAGAACUUCAAGCUGAAUAUGCUGGUGAGUCAACUCCAGCUGCAGCCAUAGUUGUAUCUCCCGAAGAUUUGGCUGACGAAGAAUUCGGAAAGGGAAAGAAGAAAAAUAAGAAAUCUAAAGCUCAAAAUGAUGAAACUGAAAAUAUGGAGUUGGACGAUGCUGAUGAUGUUGAGACUGAAGAAGGCGGUACGGUAAAGACCGCGGCACAAAAGAAAAAGGAAAAGAAAGAGCGCCAAAAGCGAGAAGCAGCUCUUGCCAAACAAAAGGCAGCCCAAGAGCCACAAAAGAAGCAAAAGGUGACUGAAAUUGUAGCUAAACCCGAAGAAAUAGUGCCGGAGAUUGUUGAGGAAACUAAGGAAGCUUCAGCGGAACCAGAAGCUGAGGGUGAUGAAGGUGAAGCGGGAAAAGCAGCUAGUAAAAACAAAAAGAAGGGAAAAAAGGAUAAAAAAGCCGAGGCCGAGGAAGAAAAGAAAGAUUCCAAAAAGAAAGGCAUGUCAGCAGCCAUGGUAGCAGCUAUGCAAGAACGACUUAAAAAAAUCAAAGAAGAAGAGGAACGCCAACGGCAAUUGGAUGAGGAACGUUUACGCCAGGAAGAAGAACGAGAACGUUUACGCCUAGAAACAAUUCGUUUGGAAGCAGAGCGCAAGGAAAAGAAAAAACAAAAAGAAGCUGAACGCAAAGCUCGUCUAAAGGCAGAAGGAAAACUUUUAACCAAAAAGCAAAAGGAAGAUCGUGCAAGGGCACAGGCUAUGCUGGAAGCUCUUAAAGCCCAAGGCCUUGAAAUACCAGAUCCUUCAGAAAAACGUCCAACAAGGCCAGGCACUCGAAUUCGUCCCAAAAAGAAGGGUCCACAAGCCAACCAACAGACUGAAGCUGAGGCUAAAGCUGCAGAAGAAGCUGCCAAGGCCGCCGAAGCUGCUGCUGCUGCUCAAGAGGCAGAGAAAAAGGAAGUUGUCAAAGAAUCUUGGGAUGCAUCCGACUCAGAGGAGGAAACUUCUCAAGCUACUACAACAAAUAACGAUGAGAAAUCAUCCAAUGAUAACGCAGUUCCUGCUGACGAAGAUGAAGACUCCGAAGAGAAUGAUAGCGAUUCGGAUGAAGAUGAUAGUGAUACCGAUUCUGAUUCCGAUUCUGAAUCAGAUGACAAUGAAAAGGAAGAAGCCAUUAAUGCUAACGAUCCAGAAGAACGUCGUCUCCGUGCAGAACGUCGUAUUAUAAAACGAAAAGCCGAUGCUGAGAAGAAUCGUACAACGGAUAAUCUUCGUGCUGCCGUUGUUUGCGUACUGGGUCAUGUAGAUACGGGUAAAACUAAAAUUCUUGAUAAAUUAAGGAGAACUCAUGUACAAGAUUCCGAGGCUGGUGGUAUCACUCAACAAAUUGGAGCGACAAAUGUUCCAAUCGAUGCCAUUAAAGAACAAGCUAAAAUCGUACGCAACUCAAGUGAUUUUGAAUAUAAGCUACCAGGUUUACUUAUUAUUGAUACACCCGGCCACGAGUCCUUCAGCAACCUUCGUAACCGUGGUUCAUCGCUCUGUGAUAUUGCAAUUUUGGUCGUAGAUAUAAUGCACGGUCUGGAACCCCAAACUCUUGAGUCAAUCAAUUUGCUCAAAAAGAAAAAGUGUCCAUUUAUUGUUGCACUCAAUAAAAUCGAUCGUUUGUACAAUUGGAAAAUGAUGGCUCGUCGUGACAUUCGCGACGUCCUUAAGGAGCAGGAGGCCAAUACUCAAGUUGAGUUUAACCAACGCACUAAAGAGGUCAUUCUACAAUUUGCCGAACAAGGUCUCAACGCAGCCCUGUUCUAUGAAAAUCCUGACCCCAAGACCUACAUCUCUCUUGUACCCACCAGUGCCAUUACAGGUGAGGGCAUGGGCAAUAUUUUAUUCCUUAUAAUCGAAUUCUGUCAGAAAAUGCUGGCCAAACGUCUGAUGUAUUCCGAUGAACUACAGGCUACUGUACUGGAAGUUAAAGCAAUUCCCGGUCUCGGCACAACUAUCGAUGCCAUUCUCAUCAAUGGCAAACUGCGUGAAGGUGAAACAAUGGUUUUGGCUGGUACCGAUGGACCCAUUGUAACACAAAUUCGUUCCCUUUUAAUGCCACAGCCGAUGAAAGAGCUACGUGUCAAAAAUGCCUACGUCGAACACAAGGAAGUUCUGGCAGCACAAGGUGUUAAAAUAGCCGCUAAAGAUUUAGAAAAGGCCAUAGCUGGCAUAAAUCUUUUAAUUGCUCACAAAACGGAUGAAGUUGAAAUAUGCAGGGAAGAGGUAGCUCGUGAAUUGAAGAGUGCUUUAAGCCAUAUUAAAUUAGCUUCAACUGGUGUUUAUGUUCAGGCGUCCACUUUAGGAUCUCUAGAAGCCCUUUUGGAAUUCUUGCGCACAUCGAAAAUUCCUUACGCAGCCAUUCGCAUUGGUCCAGUUGUGAAGCGUGAUGUCAUGAAGGCAUCAACUAUGUUGGAACAUGAAGCUACAUUUGCUACUAUUUUGGCGUUUGAUGUUAAGGUGGAGAAGGAGGCACAAGAAAUGGCUGAUUCAGUAGGCGUCAAAAUAUUCCAGGCCGACAUUAUUUAUCAUUUGUUUGAUAAAUUUAUGGCUUUCCGUGAAGAAUUGAAACAGAAAAAGCGCGAAGAGUUCCGCUCAAUAGCAGUCUUCCCAUGCAAACUUAAGAUACUGCCACAAUUUAUAUUCAACAGUCGUGAUCCCAUUGUUAUGGGCGUAAUGGUGGAAGCUGGCAUUGUUAAAGUCGGAACACCGAUUUGUGUGCCCAGCAAGGAGUUUGUGGACAUUGGUAUCGUUACAUCCAUCGAAUCGAAUCAUAAACAAAUUGAUACCGCACGCAAGGGCCAAGAGAUUUGUAUAAAGAUUGAACCCAUACCUGGUGAAUCGCCCAAAAUGUUUGGUAGACAUUUUGAGGCAGAGGAUAUGCUUAUGAGCAAGAUUUCUCGCCAGAGUAUUGAUGCUUGCAAAGACUAUUUCCGUGAUGAUUUAAUCAAGGCUGAUUGGGCUCUAAUGGUUGAACUGAAGAAAUUGUUUGAAAUUUUGUAAUUUAAUUAUAAAUGUCCAGAGACUCUUAAACAAUUUGCUGCUAAAUGCAUCAUCCAUCCAUCAUUCAUUAUUUUGCCUUCGCCCUAUAAAAACAAAACAACAAACACAACAGAAAGUGAAAUCAACCCAGCAACAAAACCUAAAUGAAAACAAUUUAUUAAUUUAUUUUUAUCCUUUUUCAAAAUUUCAUUUGAAUUUCAACCAAAUGUUGUCACAAUAAAAAUGAAUGUUUGAUGUAUGAAUAAGAA